UAUUAAAUCAUCCAUUAAUCUCUUACAACUUUACAAGUGGCUGCUCUUAUCACUUUGUAACUCCAUUUCUCUUUUGUCUUCUUCUUCGCUCUUCCCAAUCCCAAUCAAAUUCCUGCCUUCGCCUCGACAAAGAAAGCAAACUACAGACAGAACAGAAACAAAAUCCACCACCAACCCAAACCCACUUUCUUUAUUUCUUUCUCCCAUUAUUACUGCCAAGUUGCAAGCAAAACCCACUUCUCCUCUGCGUAUAAAAUCCCAGCAAAACAGCAGUGUUUUCUUUAUCACCAGAGAGAAACUUCAACAUUGUCCCAGUAUAGUGAAAGGAAGAGAGGAAGUGCAAGAAAGGUUAAGGUGAAGAGAUCAAAAGUUUUAAAAGAUUUUAGAAUAGACUUAAUUUGCUGUAUGUCAGUGAAAUACUACAGUGAUAAUUACUGCGGUGGACACGGUGAAGUUGCUAACCCUUUACAAUGGCCACAGCUCAGGAAAAGGCGACGCUUUCUUCUUCUUCUUCUUCUUCUUCCUGUUGCACUGACAACAACUCUACCAACAAGGCCACUUCUUCUGCUGCUGCUGCUGCAACUCAAGUUUUGCAAGAUUGGAGUGUUGCUCCAGUUUCUAACCUGGCUCAGGAUCCGAUCCGAGACAGAUCAUCAACUAACACCAUGUCUUCAUUGAUUCAACCUGUUGAUUCACUUACUGAUCCUACUCCUCCACCGAAUCCUGUUUCUGCUAAAGGGAUCCCGACGAUGACAAGGGCACAAACCAGCCACCCUUUGGACCCUUUAACUGCUGCUGAAAUCUCAGUUGCAGUGGCGACUGUUAGAGCAGCUGGAGCAACUCCUGAGGUGAGAGAUAGCAUGCGCUUUGUUGAAGUAGUUCUGCUGGAGCCAGAAAAGAAUGUUGUUGCAUUAGCAGAUGCUUAUUUCUUCCCUCCCUUCCAGCCUUCAUUAAUUCCCAGAACUAAAGGUGGACCUCUAAUUCCCACUAAACUUCCACCCAGAAAAGCAAGACUUAUUGUUUACAACAAAAAGUCCAAUGAGACAAGCAUAUGGAUUGUCGAACUAUCAGAAGUACAUGCCGCAACUCGAGGUGGCCACCACAGGGGCAAAGUCAUUUCAUCCAAAGUUGUUCCAGAUGUUCAGCCUCCAAUGGAUGCUGUGGAAUAUGCUGAAUGUGAAGCUGUGGUGAAAGACUUCCCUCCAUUUCUAGAGGCAAUGAAAAAGAGGGGUAUUGAGGAUAUGGAUCUUGUGAUGGUAGACCCCUGGUGUUCUGGGUACCACAGUGAUGCUGAUGCUCCUAGCCGCAGGCUUGCAAAGCCACUUAUCUUCUGCAGGACUGAAAGUGACUGUCCCAUGGAAAAUGGUUAUGCUCGUCCUGUUGAAGGGAUCCAUGUCCUUGUUGAUAUGCAAAAUAUGGUGGUAAUCGAGUUUGAAGACUGUAAACUUGUCCCCCUUCCGCCGGCGGAUCCUUUAAGAAAUUAUACUGCUGGUGAAUCACGAGGAGGUGUUGAUAGAAGUGAUGUGAAACCGCUACAGAUCAUUCAGCCUGAAGGUCCAAGCUUUCGUGUUAAUGGACAUUUUGUUCAGUGGCAGAAGUGGAACUUUCGUAUUGGGUUUACACCCAGGGAGGGUUUAGUUAUAUAUUCUGUUGCAUAUGUUGAUGGCAGUCGAGGUCGGAGACCUGUUGCCCACAGGUUAAGUUUUGUUGAGAUGGUGGUUCCCUAUGGAGAUCCCAAUGACCCACAUUAUAGGAAAAAUGCAUUUGAUGCAGGGGAAGAUGGAUUGGGCAAAAAUGCACAUUCUCUUAAGAAGGGUUGCGAUUGUCUGGGCUUCAUCAAGUACUUUGAUGCACAUUUCACAAAUUUCUCUGGAGGUGUUGAAACAAUCGAAAAUUGUGUUUGUUUGCAUGAAGAGGACCAUGGGAUCCUAUGGAAGCAUCAGGACUGGAGAACUGGAUUAGCAGAAGUCCGACGCUCUAGAAGGUUAUCAGUGUCGUUUGUGUGCACUGUAGCUAAUUAUGAAUAUGGAUUUUUCUGGCAUUUUUAUCAGGAUGGAAAAAUUGAAGCUGAGGUUAAACUCACUGGAAUUCUUAGCUUAGGAGCUUUGCAACCUGGGGAAGUACGAAAAUACGGUACGACAAUCGCUCCUGGAUUAUAUGCACCUGUCCAUCAACACUUUUUUGUGGCACGGAUGGAUAUGGCGGUUGACUGUAAACCUGGUGAAACAUUCAAUCAGGUCGUUGAGGUGAAUGUUAAAGUUGAAGAACCAGGAAAGGAUAAUGUUCACAAUAAUGCAUUCUAUGCUGAAGAUAAGCUGCUCCGAUCUGAGUUGCAAGCAAUGCGCGACUGUAAUCCAUUAACUGCUCGUCAUUGGAUUAUCAGAAACACAAGAACCGUCAACCGGACAGGGCAGCUUACAGGUUACAAGUUAGUACCUGGUUCAAAUUGUUUACCUUUAGCUGGUUCAGAGGCAAAAUUCUUGAGAAGAGCUGCUUUCUUGAAACAUAAUCUUUGGGUAACACCUUAUGCGCCUGAUGAGAUGUAUCCUGGAGGAGAAUUUCCCAAUCAAAACCCACGUGUUGGAGAGGGUUUGGCUACUUGGGUGAAGCAAAAUCGAUCGCUUGAGGAAACAAACAUAGUUCUAUGGUAUGUCUUUGGGGUGACACAUAUUCCUCGACUGGAAGACUGGCCUGUCAUGCCAGUGGAACGCAUCGGUUUUAUACUAAUGCCCCAUGGAUUCUUUAACUGCUCACCAGCUGCGGAUGUUCCUCCAAGUGCAUGUGACAUGGAUAUCAAGGACAACGGGAUAACAGCAAAGCCUCCUAUCCAGAAUGGAUUACUUGCUAAGCUCUGAACGGAUGGGGCCGGCAUCGCAGCAGGCACUUGAUAAUCUCUUCCUUGAAUAAUUAAGGCUAUUGGCAUUAGCCUAAUCAAGCUGCUGCAACUUUUUUUUUUAUCUUCAAACUAUAUAUGAUGAUGAUGAAUGAAAGGUGUUGUGUGUUAUAACAUCAGCUGUCAAUGUACUUGUGUUGUUUACUGGAAAUAUGUCCUGGAGCAGUGCCAUACCAGGGACAGGGAUUUUGCAUUCUGCUGCUGCAGGCCGAACCAAUGAUGAUCAAGUUCUGUUGUAGAACUAGAAGAUCCUGAAUGAUUCGGAUCCAGCUUGAUCAUGAUUUUAAUAAUCAGGAUGUAAUCACACAUAUAUAUUGGAGGAUUUCUUAUUCCACAA